AUGCCAUCACCCUGCAAACAUGACCAACCCGCGGUUCUCGAACUCCCAAUUUCUCGCAGCGAACGGUCCCAAGCGCUACAGAAGCGCAGUUCCAAGGUCGCCAGAAAGUCUUUGUACAAUUUGCCAAACUUGUACUACAUGUUGAAUAUCACUGUUGGUUCACCGCCCCAAAGUCUAUCCCUCAGUGUCGACACCGGUAGCAGCGAUAUGUGGGUUAAUGUCCCAAAUUCCACCUACUGUGCCGGAGACGACGAUCCCAGCUCCUCAACCGGGUUAUUCGAUAUCAAAAACUCUUCAACUUUUAAGAUGCUGGAUUAUGACAUAAAUUCCACUUAUGUGGAUACAUUCUUGGCUGCGGGGCCCUAUGCGACCGAUACACUCCUGAUUGGAGGUGCAACGAUUGAGGAUAUGGAGUUCGUGGUGGCGGAGGAAAGCAUAAAUCCUAAUGGUAUUCUUGGAAUUGGAUAUGCGGGGGCUACCUAUGCUGCAGUCAACCUUCAAAAGGAAUACAACAACCUCCCGGAGGCUUUUGUCAAAAGCGGAGUCAUCAAAUCAGCUGCCUAUAGUCCGUGGCUGAACGAGUUUGAUGGCCCUGGAAAGCUUCUCUUCGGGGGUGUCAACAAAGCGAGAUAUCAAGGCGAGCUGCAGACUGUGCCUGUUUUGCAGCUAGAUGGUCGUUACCUAUAUAUGGCCAUUGCCUUGACAGAUAUCUCUGUGAAAAGCUCGAAAGGUAGCAAGAGUUAUUCGACAGGUCUUCCAUUGGCUGUCACCCUUGACAAUGGAAGCCACCCCAUCUACAAAGAGGUCGGUGGUGGUUAUUCAUCGACCGAUGGCUAUGGUUAUAUCCCUUGCAGUAUGGCCAAGGCAGAUUAUAAUGUUACUUUCAGCUUUUCGGGCGCCAUGGUUACGAUUCCCAUCAGUGAACUAGUUUUUGAAGAAUACACUGAGCCUGAUUUCGCCGAUGAUGACUGCAUCUUUGGUCUUGGGUACAGCGAAUCUGGGGUGAAUCUAAUGGGUGAACCAUUCUUGCGUGGGGCCUAUGUGGUCUACGAUCUUGCAAACAAUGAGAUUUCACUUGCGAAUGUAAAUUACGACGGGGGUGAAGACGAUAUCCACGAAAUCGGCACAGGGACAACUGCGGUUCUGGGGGCGACGUUGAUGCCCUCUCCGGUCACAUCGGCGACGGGCAAUGGCCCCAAUAAGACCGCCGGGUCAGUUGAGACAAUGGCAUAUGUCACUGCAACUGCCACUGCCACUGGCGCUGCCGAAAGUGGUGGUGCUACUAGCACCUCCUCCAAGGGACUAGCAGCGUCGGCCACGGGAAAAUCAAACCAUUUGCUCUCCGGAGUUUUGGGCGCUGGCUUGCUACUUGCAUUAUAG